AUGUUGGUUAAGUUUACAGAUGAUACACACAAAAAUAAGGGAAAGAUAGUUAAUACGGGAACAGAUAAUUGUGAUGGUUUGUCACAUAUUUCAGAAUAUGUUACAUUUAGAAAAAGCGAAGAAGAACAAAUGAAAAGAUUUAAAUUGUUAUUUUUGGAGCUGGAUAUUGCACAAGUUGAUGUUCCUUGUGAGGGUGUGAAAAAACUUUCUCAGCUGCUGAAGCUUUACGCCAGAUACAACGAUGAACUUUAUUCUCUGCUAACAACUAAUUCUAAGAUAAGUGAGGCAGAGUAUUUUAGUAGUGAAAGUGUGAAAUGUGUAGGUUGUAGGCAUUCUCAUCGUAAUAGCUGUUUUAUUGUGCAAAAUGUGAUCGAUAAUUUAUUUGUAAACUCAUUAGAAAUGCUGUACGGAAACAAAGUUGUUGACAAGUGUUUGCUUUUUUCUGAGUUUACAAGCCUUUGUGGGUAUUUUGUGCAGUUCCACAACAAUGUAACAAAAAUAUUGCUGCGUGAUAAAGCGAUCACGAUAUAUCUUGUCAGCAGAAUCGAAAACAUUGCAACAUCAUGCAUAAAACUGACGGAUAAAGGAGAUAAUCCGUUCGAUAACAAACAGAAUAUGCUGAGACAGAUCGUUUAUCGUUCCUUUGUUCGUACAUUUCUGUUUUCACAACUUCUUUAUGUCUUCAGAGUUGAGUCAAGCGUUAUUUCUAAGUACGUAUUUUUUUCCGAGUUGGAGUAUACUUGCUCAACAGUUUGUGGUGCGAGUAAUCCUGAUACUGUUUGCGAUACUUUUUUGGAAGGAUAUGAGCCUCUAUUCUUUUUGCUGUCCGGUUUAUUUGACAAGAUUGGAUUUACAAAAUAUGAUUGUCUCGCUACUUGGGAUAAGAAUCUAAGCAUGGAGCACUUAAAUGGAAAAUACAUUCUUGAGCAGAUUCUUUGUAUCCAUUCACGUCAUAUGAAAGAGAGAUUAGGACAAAACGUAAAAUGGUUGUAUGGAUAUAUUGGACAGUAUCUCUCCACAAGCUAUUCUGAGAGGCGAGAUGAAAUACUUAAGAAAAUUGAGGAGUUGGAUUAUAACAACUUUGAACAUAUGGCACAGCAAGUUUGUGAUCUUUAUAAGUGUGUUAGAGGACAUCUGGAAGAGUUGAUACGGCGGUAAGUAACACCCAG